AUGCGAAGGAGUUUCGAUGGUAAGAGGGAUGACAGUAGACGAGAAAAGAAUAUAGCCAAGCCAGCAUCCAGAGAAAGCCUUACGCCCGAGGAGGUCUGGAAGAAUGCAGCCAUGCUUUUGGGAACAAAGAAAAAAGAUGUGGCACCUAAGAACUAUGAACUAACAAGGAAGUUCGACUUCAGCUGCAUAGAUGCCGAGAUAGAGGAAAUUAACAAGGAGAGGAUCCGAUCACAAAAUAUAGACGAUGAGAAAACAGCAAGGAGGCGUUUCUAUGAAAUAGAAACAGCGAACUCACUUGUUCACAUUCCAAACUUCAAAGAGCUUGAAAAUAGAUACAUGCCUAUGAAGCCUGCCAAUAUGCCAAACAUUUUCCCUAAAACACCUCUAUACAUAUUUGAGAGCCAGGAUGUGUUCAAAAAGCUUGACACUGACACACUUUUUUUUAUUUUCUAUUCACAACUGGGCACAAUUCAGCAGUACUACGCUGCAGCCCAGUUGAAACUGUAUUCAUGGAGGUUUCAUACGAAGUACUUCACAUGGUUCCAGCGCCUAGAUGAGCCAAAGCUAAUUACAUCAGACUACGAAAGAGGAGACUUCUUGUUUUUCGAUUAUGAUGUAACAUGGUCAUUCAUGAAGAAAAGUGACUUUACAUUUGAAUAUAAGUAUCUUGAAUGCUCUGAAUGGUAG